AUGCGACGCGAACGCAGCACCAGCUCAGUAAACAUGGCGCCGGCCAAAAGGCGAAACGUGAGUUCGGAUAAAUCAUGUGGAUUAAGUGUCAAAGCGGCGAAAAUUGACGUGGACACUAUCGCUGAACGCGUACUUGAAAGCAGGAAACACGCCAACGACAUUUUUGACAUUCUUGAGAUUCUCCAGUCAGACAGCGAGAAGGAUGUCGUUUGUGCUGUGGACGCGUGCAGUAAAGUGUUUUGCGCUUUGCUGGAGAGAAAAGAGCUGUUCGUUGGAAAGCUCCCCGGUGAGGAGGAGGCGUUGAGCGGAGGCUACAGCGCAGAGGAGAAGUUCCGGAUCUUCAUGCUGCACCGGUACAACAGCUGUGUGGAAACCCUGCUGGACCACCUCAGCCACGAGCUGCACGCGGUCAGGGAGAGUGCCCUCUGCUGCUUGAUGAGAUUUGCAGCAGGAGAAGGGCAGCAUCCUCUGGAGGACUUAGACUGGAGUGAACAUUACAGCUUCCCAAGGAAACUGAUCCAGGCAGUUGUGGACAACCUUUUGUCAAACACCACAGACAACUCCCUGCUGAUCUCCAGGUUCCAGGUGUUUCUCGAGAUGGAGGAUUUGCGUUACUAUGUAAUGAGCUCCAUUCGUGAGAACGUGGGCAAAGUUAUGGGCAAAAGCAAAGGGGCUGUGUUACCUGUGUAUCAGAACAAUGUGUUCACUCUCAUGUCCAACAUCAGCGUACCGAGCCAAGAAUCAGAGCUAACCAACUUUAUGGUAAAACAGGGAGCCAACCACGAGGACUGGAAAGCUGCAAAACUAAAUGACCAUAAACGUGCCUUCGAGCGGAUGUGGCUUGGCUUUCUAAAGUAUAAGUUGCCAAACAGCAUGUACAAAAAAAUCUUGGUGAUCCUCCAUGACUCCAUUUUGCCACACAUGAGCAAACCCACAAUGAUGAUCGACUUCCUGACGGCUGCCUAUGAAGUGGGCGGCGCCAUCAGCCUGCUGGCCCUCAACGGCCUGUUUGUCCUCAUACAUCAACACAACCUAGAUUAUCCCGACUUCUAUAAGAAGCUGUACAACAUACUGGAGCCGUCUGUUUUCCAUGUCAAGUACAGGGCACGCUUUUUCCAUCUGGCUAAUCUCUUCCUUAGCUCUAGUCACCUGCCAGUGUACCUGGUGGCAGCCUUCGCCAAACGUCUGGCCCGUCUGGCGCUCACAGCUCCACCGACAGCCCUCCUGAUAGUUCUGCCCUUCAUCUAUAACCUGAUCCGGCGACACCCCUCCUGCAGAGUCCUGCUCCACAAGCCCAGCACAGAAGACGAGACGGAGCCUAGUGAGGAUCCUUAUGUCAUGGAUGAAGAGGAUCCUGCUCAGUGCCGUGCCUUAGAGAGCAGCUUGUGGGAGAUUAAGACACUGCAGAAGCAUUACCACCCAGAUGUGGCCAAAGCUGCUAUGCUGAUCAACACGCCUCUGACAGCGCAAGAGGACGACAUCAGCGAGGUGCUGGAGACAACAACAUACGAGCUGAUGGAGAGAGACCUGAAGCAGCCUCCGACCAAGAACAUCCCGCUGGAGUUUGAAAUGGCAACGCAGCUACUUAAAGGAGGAGAGGGGGUGCUAGGGCAGCACUUCUGUUUGUUUUGA